AUGGCGAGAGAGCUGAGCAAGAAGAACCUGGAGAUGGUCCUCAUGCAGGCCAUGAUGGCCGCCAAGAACGUGCGGACGCAGCACGACCGCCUCCUGGAGCUCCGCCGCCGCCUGCAGCGCCACCAGGCCGACGCCGACGCCGACGCCAAGCUCGGGGAGAUCGCCUCGGACGUCUUCAAGGUCUACUACUUUGGCCUGGAUGCCGGCGCCAAGAUGCUCUCGGUCUGCCUCAAGAUCGCCGUCGAGAACCUCGCCGUCUCCACCGUCAACAUCGCCUUCGCGCUCAUGCCCGGCGAGCAGCUCUACGACGCCCUGCUCGCGCAGCGCCUCCCGGCCCGCCCCACCACCCAGGCCCAGGCCAUCGCCCGCGUCGAUUCCGCCAUCUUGGCCGUCAUGAUGCUCGGGGAGCACCACCUCCCGCGCUGCGUCGAGUGCCUCGUCGGCGGCCGAGCUCCCGUCCGAGGCAAGCCCGACAGCAGCCCCGACAGGGACGACGAUCCGGUCGCCGCCGCCACCGAGGGCCUCGCCAAGGUCGGCCUUUCAGACGCCUCCGCCACCGCCAAAACCGGCAGCAAGCCCCGUGACACGGCCAGCGGCCGCGACGCCGACAAGGCGCUCGACUACCUGUGCCGCGCAAUCAGGAUGACGACCCUCGCCAUCAAGCACAUCGACGUCGUCGUCGCCGUCCUCUCCCGCUUCCUCGACCCCGACGAGCUCGCCCGCCUCGCUGAGGUUACCGACGGUGCCGCCUACCUCGGAGUUGAGAUUAGCCAGCCCACUACUUCACCUGAUCCGUCAACAGAUUAG